AGGAACUAUAUAGAUAAUGUAACUUUUAUUAAUAAAAAUAAUGACUAAUUCUCAUGCUUUGGAUUUGUUGUAGAUGUUUAUAUGUUUUAUCAAAAAGAGUGAUGGCUAGUGGACAGUGUUAUGGUUGUGGUGUGGGGUUUAGUUUGUUUAAAAAAGAGCAUGGUUGUAAGAAUUGUGGUUUUGCCUUCUGUUCAAAAUGUCUGACAAAAACCAUAGCAGUGCCAAAAUUAAAUAAUGCUAAACAUCAUGUUUGUAAUAAAUGUUAUGAUAUUAUUACUGGUAAAGUUGAAGGAAAAGAUGACAGAUCAAAAUAUUCUCCCCCAGAAGCUUACAAAAAAAGAAUGGCAGCACUUGAGGAAAAGGAAAAGAAUCCAAAAAGUGCAACAAAAAAGGCAACACACACUACUUCGAAUAAAAAUAAAGCUAAAUAUAUUGGAUUAUCUAAAGCUGAUAGAGAAAUUGCUGAAAGACUUGAUAAAUUAAAAGAAAAACCAGCAACAGAAGCUAAAGUUACAGAUACAGAUAUAGCAAGUCGACUGUCUAAAUUAAAAGGUGUAGAUCAAACCACAGUACAGCCAAGUCACCAACAUAAAUUUUACCACCCUCCUGAUAGAAGAUCUGAACAGAAACAAGUUGAUGAUUUAUUAGAUGAAAUUUGUGAUGAAGUAGAAAUAGAUUCACAUUUUCCUAGUCCUGCCACAGAUGUACAGCAACGUCUUGAUAAAUUAAAAGGUCAAGCAAAGCCAGGUGAUCAAGAUGUAGAAAAUAAUUUGAACAAAGAUUCUCAAGACAGAAAUAAAAAAUUUGAUAAAAAUAUCAAUCAAGCGGGUGCUUCAAGCAGUGAGGAUAAUUUAGACAUGGAAGAAAUAACACGAUUAGUAGAACAAGCAUCAAAAGAACUUGAAGUUGAUGCACAUAGAGCUAUUGAAGGUCUAAAGAAAGAUAAAGAAAUAAUGGAACGACUAAAUGAAAUAAAGAAAAGGAAGAAAAAUGGCGAGAAUGGAGAUGAAGUAAAAGAAGAUAAUAAAAUGAAUAUAGAUGUAAAAGAAGAUGAUUCUGAUAGUGAAAACGAAGAGGAGGCAAUAAAAAGAUUAGUAACAAGGUAUGUAGAAGAGUCUAAACUAGAUGAGGGGAUGGGUGAAGAUAUGAGCAACAGUAACAAUAGAACUUCUAAAUCUUCGAAAAAGGAAGUUAAUAGAGAAACUGAUGUACCAGAUGACUAUGAUGAUAGUGAUGAAUUACCAUAUUGUUGUAUGUGUACAGAAGAUGCUAUUAUAAGAUGUAUAGACUGUGAUAUGGAUUUAUUUUGUACAAAAUGUUUCAAGGCUAGCCAUGAUGAAAUUGAUAUAAAAGAUCAUAAAACCAAGAAAUAUACAGCUCCAAAAGGUUAUAAAGACUAAUAUAGAAAGAAAUAGUGAAGCAAACAUCAAAUCAUGCAAAUAAUCCCUACAGUUAUGUUUUCUGGAAAUAAUUUUCUUAUGUCAGGCUCAUUUUAAUGAAAUUAUUGGAAAAAAAUAUCUCAUUGUUGUCUUUUUAGAAUAUUUACCCCCUUUUGUUGUUCACCCACGUUUGAUAUGGGAGGACAUUGUCACUUCAGUCCAUCGGUUGACCUGUCUAUCCACAGAAUUUUUUUUUUUAAAACUUGCUGGGAUUGUUCAGUUAGUUAGACCUAAGGAGAACUCAUUUUGAAAUUCAGGAGCCGACGAGGAAAGUUGCCCAGUUAUUCGGAUGGGAUAGAAAUUCUGAAGUCCACAUAUUGGAGUUCUGAAAAUUUAACUUGCAUAGUUGGCAGUGACUGAGCAAAGCAUUCUGAUGGCAAGAUGUCAAAACUUCCAGAGGUAUAUAUACCAAAUGUGAAAUACAGGAGAAAAGAAAUAAUUAACUUCUGACCACACAAUUUAUCAAUUGAUUAACCCCAUUCUCUUAUAUAUCAUUCUCAUAAUUGGAGACACCAUUUAUUCCUGUGUAUUGUACAUACAGGAUUUAGAGGACAUUAAACCAUAUUUCAUUUCAUUUAUACAAGAUUUAGAAUAGUCACACAGAGGAGUCCCAGGCCAAUAUAUCAAAAUAAAAAAAUAUUUUAUGAAUUGGGGCCCCUUUCCUGUAUGCAAAAUCAACCUGUCAGCAAAAUGCAAUGGCUUUAUAUAUGCAUGGGCAAUGACUGAACAUUGUAUCUACAUGUAAAUUAGAUGCAUGUACAAGAUGUAUAUCUUGAGUAAAUGAUUUGAUAAGAUGCAUUGAUGAUUAGUACUGAAUCAAAAAAUCAGAAAAUAUAAAUCAAAUACUAAAUGAAGUAUUUGGACUUACUUAUUACAUAUACAUGUCAACACUAUUACAAACAUUAUAUAAACAAUUCGACAUACUUAACAAAUGUCUAUAGGAUUAUUAUUCUAUUAAAGU